AUGUCGACCGACACCCUCGAGUCCGUUGACCAGGAGGUCAACCCCGGCCUGUGGCCUGAUGAAGGUGUAGUGGCGAUCGCCUUAGAGGCCGAUCGCUCCAUACGUGAGAGCUUCCGUCUUCAUGACCGGUGCACGAACUGGCCAGACGAGAAGACAGUGGGCAUCCAAUCAGUGAAAGCAAUGAGAUUGAAUGCACGUGCGCUGGAGAUCCUUGCUGAGCAUUGGUGCCAAAAAACACCGUAUGCCAAGACAAUUCCCAUUGACUUCAUGAGACGGGAGGUUACCAUGCUUCGAAAAAUCCUUGGAAGGCCCGAAGACGCUUGCAUGAUGCAUUUAGACGCGUCUGGACUCAAGAAGCUGUUUUCGCAUGGUGUGCGGCGCUUCUCGAGCAGGGAACCUGCUUUGGAGCGCUUCUUUCAGAUCUUGGAGAUUUUUUGGGCGGAUGGUGCCGCCGCUGAUGGUGCCCCCACUGAUGGUCCAACUGAAGCUGAUGGAUCCACAGCUGCAGGUGGUGCGCCCCCCUCUUCGCCCGCUGGUGCCCCCACUGAUGGUUCCACGCCAGCUGCUGAUGAAUCCACGGUUGCACCUACAGUGGCGGCUGAUCGCCAGGAGGGUGAGGAUGAUGGUUCCAAUCCUUUAGAGCCCACAGCUGCUGAAGUUUUGGAUCCAUACAUGAUUCCCUCACAAGUGGCAGGGGAACCUAAAGAAUCUUCAGUGGAAGUUUCCAGUUCUUUGGAAGAUCUGGGUUCAGAAAGGGCCGGAGAUCUGGUUGAGCCAACCCCCCCCCCAUCCCAAUCACUGGUGUUUGGCGAUGAUGCCCCAAUGGCACCCUCGGUUCCCGAGCCGGAAGAUUCGCGCUCUGCUCAACCCACCUCAGAGACUGGGCUCAUUCGUGGGAAAGCUGCAUCCGACCUUGAAACCGAUCCAGAACAUCAGGAGGUUCCGGUACCAAAAACGCAAGUCUUUGACUUGCCCCUGAAGAGGGAGGCUGUUGAAGCAAGAAUUGCAGCUUUGAGGAGCGCGAUCGACCAAAGAGAUUCCUUCAAAAUUGAUUGGAUUUCCAAGGUCCCGGCGUCUACUCUGAAGACCCUCGCUCAUGCUGCUGAAUCUCAGUUCUUGGGUCAGUCCAAAAGGAAGAUUUCUUCUGCAAAUGCUUCGAGAGACAUACAUCGCGGAAUCCGACGAUGGGGCCUAACUUGGAAGAUCCCAUACACCACCUUUAAGCACACAGUUGAAGAUGAAAUUGGUGGCAAACAUGUGGAACGGGUGCCAUAUAUAUCACCCAAAGAUUUUUUUCAGCACUUGGUUCAGAAGACUCCGGACUUGGUGCUUGGGGGUUCACCUGAUUUUGAGAUUGGCCGGUCCUUCCUGAAAUCGUUCUGGGAGAAAUAUCGAUUGUUCCACCCUUCGCACAGAAUUUAUCAUUACUAUCCCAAUCCAGAUGACUGGGCUUGGAUUGUGCCAAUGUGCUUGCACGGUGAUGAGGGGCGAGGCCUCAAAAAAGGGAACACUUGUGUGAUAACUCUGGAGCCCAACAUUGGCUUGAACACCUAUGCUCAUGCAGCUGGAAGAAAACGACCAGGCAAUGGAUGCGGGUGCACUCUUGAGGAACCAUGUGCAAAGAGGUUUCGCUUACAGCCGGGAGACCACUACAAUAGAGAGCUUUGCAAUUGUGAUUUUUUGGAAUCGAACCUCAAACAGCACAGCUUUCUGACCAAGUUUCUCUUGUGCUGUUUGCCACACAAGGUUUACAAACUUGAAGAGUUGUUGGAUGGAUUGAUCGAGAAAAUAGCUGAGGAUUUGAGUGACCUGUUCUUCCAGGGAGUCAACUCACAGCAUGGUGUCUAUCGAGUCGCAGUGACUGGAUGGAAAGGAGACCUGAAAUGGUUUCAACGCAUCUCCUACUUGGAGAGGUGCUUCAACCGGGUCACCGCCAUUAAUGUAGAGAUGUGCCACGAAUGUCGGGCUGGAACUCAACAACGCCCGUUCGAAGACAUCAUCUCCGCCAUCCCCGCCUGGUGCGGCACCGAGUUCACAGAGAGGCCAUGGUCGGAAGACCCACCUUACCUCUCAAUACCCUUCGACCCAGCAUGCCCAGAGAAGAUCCUAAGAAGGGACAUGUUUCAUAAUCUUCGUUUGGGCUUACUCCGGGACUUCAGUGGAUCUUGCAUUGUCAUGUUGCGCCGAAUGAGAUAUUUUCACGAAGAUGGAACUGGACAGAAAAACAACAUGCCAGUGUUGCUGAAGCGCGCGCAUGCGCAAUUUCAUUUCUAUUGCCGAACUACAUCUCAAACAGCUGCUCUGAGGAGCUUUACGAAGGAGUUCCUAAAUGCCAAAACGGCGAGCAAGUUUCCCUGGAGCAACUCAAAAGGUAGCGACACUGCCUUGCUGGUGAAGUGGCUUCAUGUUUUCACAGGAGGGCUACUGCAGAAUCCGCUUGACCAGAAUGAUGUGGCUCUACUUCGCGCUAUGAAUGUGGCAGCCCAGCAUGCUAACACAUGCCAGCAGCAGUACUAUUCCCAUGGUAUUUUUUGGACACGAUGCUGCGCAGGUGCAUUUCUAAAGUCCAUGGAAAAAUUCUUGGAAGCAUACCAUGAGUGUGCGCGCAUUUGCUUGAGUGAUCUGCGAAUGGCUGGUUAUGGCAUCAAGCCAAAGGCUCACAUGCUGAAACACACAGCUGUGGAUGUGGCUACUCAGUUAGCUGCUCAGCAUGACCGAAUUACUUCGCCAAUUCUUUGGGAAUGCUCGGGCAACGAGGACAUGAUUGGAAAGGUGUGCAGGCUCUCAAGGAGAGUGAGUGCGAAGCUGACAUCACAGCGUGUGAUGGAUCUUUACCUUAUCAAGAGCAAGUUUCUCCACCAACGCUUCAUGCAACGUUUUUGGCCGGGGUUGAACAUGGAAAAGGGAUGA